AUGAGAAGCUCUUUGUCGAAUAAAUUGUGGAUGAUUUUCGGCCCUAAACCGCCAGUGAAUUGCUUGAUAUUGUGUGUGAUUAGUGUUCUGGCUUUGAUUAUAGUGUUGGGUUCGUCGUCUUCCAAUGCGAUUGAUUCCUCGUCGCGGAGACCGGCUUCUCUUAUCUAUACAAACUACAGGAGGAUAAAAGAGCGGGUGGCAGUUGAUUAUUUGGAGUUGAAAUCUGUUUCGAGCGGUGGUUUGAGGCAAAAGGAGUUAGGGCUUUGUGGAAAAGAAAGGGAAAAUUUCGUGCCAUGCCAUAAUAUCACUGCCAAUUUGGCGUCAGGAUUUGAGCAGGGGGAGGAGCUGGAUCGGCACUGCCAAGUGUUGAUGGAAGAAGAUCAAUGCUUGGUUCGUCCUCCCAAGGAAUAUAAAAUUCCCUUGCGCUGGCCCAGUGGUAGGGAUAUUAUAUGGAGUGGGAAUGUGAAGAUAACCAAAGAUCAAUUUCUUUCGUCUGGAAGUAUGACCAAAAGGUUGAUGCUUCUAGAAGAGAAUCAAAUUGCCUUUCACUCAGAGGAUGGUAUGAUCUUUGAUGGUGUGAAAGACUACUCUCGCCAAAUUGCAGAGAUGAUAGGGCUAGGAAGUGAUACGGAGCUUCCUCAAGCUGGUGUUCGAACAACGCUGGACAUUAAUUGUGGAUUUGGUAGCUUUGGAGCUUAUUUGUUGUCACUUAACAUAAUGGCGGUUUGUGUUGCGGGAUAUGAGGCAACUGGCAGCCAAGUUCAAUUGUCUCUUGAGAGAGGCCUUCCUGCCAUGAUUGGCAACUUCAUUGCAAGACAGCUUCCGUAUCCAUCAUUAUCAUAUGACAUGAUUCACUGCGCUCAAUGUGGCAUCAUUUGGGAUGAAAAGGAUGGAAUGUUCCUCAUAGAAGUUGACCGUGUUCUUAAACCCGGAGGAUAUUUCGUUUUAACAUCACCUACAAGCAAGCUACCGGGUUCAUCGCGGGAGAAAAGGAGAAUCACGUUAAACCCAUUGCAAGAACUGACCCAGCAACUAUGUUGGACGCUUCUAGCCCAGCAAGAUGAGACUUUCGUCUGGCAGAAGACUGCUGACCUGAAUUGUUAUGGAUCACGCAAGCAGAAUACAAUUCAACUAUGUAAAGAAGGGGAUGAUACUCAAUCAUACUAUAAGCCUCUUGUAUCAUGUAUAAGUGGGACAUCUAGCAAGCGCUGGAUUGCAAUACAGAACAGAUCCUUUGAUUCUGAAUUGAGAGUUCUGUCUGAAGACUUUUAUGAAGACAUGCAUUUCUGGAGAUCAGCUGUUAGUAAUUAUUGGUCCCUGCUUACACCACUAAUUUUCUCUGACCAUCCAAAGAGACCUGGAGAUGAAGAUCCACUGCCUCCAUAUAAUAUGAUUCGGAAUGUUAUGGAUAUGUAUUCUAAUUAUGGGGGUUUGAAUGCUGCACUGCUGGAGGCGAAAAAGUCAGUGUGGGUUAUGAAUGUUGUUCCUGCCAGGGCUACUAAUGCACUUCCUCUCAUACUAGAUAGAGGUUUUACUGGUGUUAUGCAUGACUGGUGCGAACCUUUCCCCACCUACCCACGGACAUAUGAUAUGCUUCAUGCAAAUGGACUUCUGUCACAGUUCAUUACAGAACGGUGCAGCCUGAUAGACUUGUUCUUGGAGAUGGAUAGGAUACUACGACCAGAGGGAUGGAUCAUUCUUUCUGACACAGUGGGAACAAUUGAAAUGGUACGCACGCUUGCAGCUCAAGUACGCUGGGAAGCAAGGAUAAUCGAUCUUCAGAAUGGCAGUGAUCAGCGGUUACUUGUAUGCCAGAAACCAUUUUUGAAAAAAUGA